AAGGACAAGAUGCAUAAUUAAGUAAUUUAAUUAGUCCCCAUAAUAAUUAAUUACUAUAAUCAAUCUCUCUCUAAUGCUUCUUCCUACUUGACCAACUGAAGCAGCCAGUAACCCCGCCUAACUUCACAGUCAACACACAUGAUUUUCUCUCCGAUUCUCUGUAACCAAUAAUCCAAAAGAAUCUGAAAGGAAAAAAGAUGAUUGGUCGCAGAGACGGAGCUUUGAUGCGGACCAGUAACAGCAGCUCACAAUCACUUCGCAAAUCAAGAAUCUUAAUCGCAAUUGCAAUCGGAAUUUUUCUGGGUUGUGUUUUCGCUUUUUGUUACCCUAAUGGAUUUUUCACUUCAAAUCCUUACUUCAACUCUCGUCAACUCUCCAAUUCAAUUUCCCAGGCUGUAUCGAAAUCAUCAUGUGAGCCAUCUGAGAAGCUGAACAUGUUGAAAAAAGAAUUUACAGCAGCAUCAGAGAAAAAUGUCGAGUUGCAAAAACAAGUCAAGGAGCUCUCUGAAAAACUGAAAUUUGCCGAACUGGGUAAAGAUCAAGCACAAGAGCAAGUAUCUGCAUUGGGUGACCAGCAUAAAGCUGGACCUUUCGGUACUGUUAAGGGUUUGCGAACAAACCCGACUGUUAUCCCGGGCGAAUCUGUGAACCCUAGAUUAGAACAGAUAUUAGAGAAGGUUGCUGUUCAGAAAGAAAUUAUAGUUGCUUUAGCUAAUUCAAAUGUGAAGGAAAUGUUAGAGGUUUGGUUUAAUAGUAUUAAGAAAGUUGGCAUACCCAAUUAUUUGGUUGUUGCUUUGGAUGAUGAUAUCGCUGAAUUUUGCGAAUCAAAUGAUGUCCCAUUCUAUAAGAGAGACCCGGAUGAGGGGAUUGAUUCCGUAGGAAAAACCGGAGGCAACCAUGCUGUUUCAGGAUUAAAAUUUAAUAUCUUGAGGGAGUUCUUGCAGAUGGGAUAUAGUGUUCUUCUCUCAGAUGUUGAUAUUGUGUAUUUGCAAAACCCUUUUCAUUUCCUUUACCGGGAUUCCGAUGUGGAGUCGAUGACUGAUGGGCACGAUAAUAGAACAGCCUACGGUCACGAUGAUGUGUUUGAUGAGCCUGCGAUGGGCUGGGCUCGAUACGCUCAUACAAUGAGGAUAUGGGUUUACAACUCUGGGUUUUUCUAUAUUAGACCAACAAUUCCGUCAAUCGAGCUCUUGGAUCGAGUGGCUAAUCGGCUUGCUCAUGAGAAGGCUUGGGAUCAGGCAGUUUUCAAUGAAGAGCUAUUUUACCCUUCGCAUCCCGGAUAUGAUGGACUUUAUGCUUCUAGGAGAACUAUGGAUUUCUAUCUCUUCAUGAACAGCAAAGUCCUCUUCAAGACCGUGAGAAAAGAUGCCAAUUUGAGCAAGCUUAAGCCGGUAAUCAUACAUAUAAAUUACCAUCCUGAUAAGCUUCCACGAAUGAAAGCAGUGGUAGAAUUCUAUGUCAAUGGCAAGCAAGACGCGUUGAAACCUUUCCCCGAUGGAUCCGACGGGUAAAUUGUUUUUCGUUAUCUGCUGACAGCCACAUUUUGUCCUGCUUAAUUGCUUCAAACAUGAUGUAGAUUUACACUAAAUGAUCCUCCCGUUAUGGUAACAGUCAAAACAAAUGGACCGAUUGUAAAACUAAUUUGAGUUGUCGUUCAAAUGUUGAUGUUAAAAAAUUUUGCUUUUCCACAAAGACAAAUUAUUCUAUGUUAUUGUUU